AUGUGCUACUACGGAGGAUAUUAUGGAGGCCUAGGCUGUGGCUAUGGCUGUGGCUAUGGCUGGGGCUAUGGCUGUGGCUAUGGAGGCUAUGGUUAUGGCUGCUGCCGCCCAUUAUGCUGUAGAAGGUACUGGUCCUGUGGCUUCUACUGA